CAAAUGUCAAAUCCGGAGCGUCAGCGAGACGGCGUUGUUAUCGGCGUACCACGGCGAGGUUAAAGGAUGGUUAAAGGAUGCGCGAGGACUCACAGGUGACGAUCGGUUUGCUAUCCAUGGGAAUGUUGCUUUUGCGUGCCUCAGCCACGGACGAGCCUCCAUUGCAAUUCAUCAUUUCUGAGGACUGACACGGUACGCCUCGGCCUCGCUGCCCCCGAUCGAGCCUUCAGUCAUCACAGGUCCACGUCCCUCUCCGCAUGAGAAUCCUCGUCGUUCGCUGAUUCGGAGAUUUUCGCUAAGAGUUCGCGACGAGCUCUCGGAAAUUCCGUAAGAAAUUCUUCGCAUGUAUUCAACGACGAUUUAGAAAACGAGACGAAACAUUGUACUUCGCACUUUCAAACUCCAUUGAGGUUGGAAUCGGACUCUUCAUCUGUGGUUGGUAUAUAUGCCGUUUCGUAUCGAUUCAAGCGAGGAUAUCUCGCGAUAUCUCGCGUCGUGUCAUCGCGAUGUGUUUUGUGACAUGUGUAGUGUAGUAAAGUUGUAAAUGCAGUGAUUUCCAUUCACACCUGGAGCAAGAACGCAGAUUGUAAUUGUUGUUUAAAAUGUUUAUUAUUUGUUGUUCAAACAUAUUUUUAAUGGUUAUUUUCAUCCUAUGAAUUGAUAUCAAAAGUACUUUUUAACAAUUGCGAUGCAUCGAUUUUUAAUGAUGUUUAAAAACAAUGUUAUACAAAGUUUGUUCAAACGUUAACAAAUCUAUAUAAACUUCAGAAAUUUAAUAAAUCUACAAAAAGUACAAAAUGUCAAAAAAUGUAAUUGAGAAAAUACCUGGUGAAAUACUAUCUCAAUCGAAAAAAGAAAGCCAAGGUUAUAUCGAGGAUUUAAAAAAAAAACAAAAGUUUGAAUUGGAAGAACUUUUAGAAAGACAGAAUAAAAUUUUUAUUAAUAAAAAUUUUAUCUCUAAACUUCCUGAUAAAGGAAGGAAAAUUGCAAACUUCCGUGAUAAGUUGUUGAAAGAACUUGAGCAUAGAAAUGAAGUGGAGAGAGCAGCUAAUUUACUAUCGCAAUUAAAUAUAGCAUCCAUUGGCAAAGCAGCUAUGACCAAAUUAGAAUGGACAGGAAAAUACAAUGAAAAAAAUGACGAUACAACCAAAAUUGUUGAACUAGAUAGUGAUGACGAGGAAGAUCCAUUAAAAAUAUUAGCUCAGCCUACAGGAACUGGUAUUCACAAGAAAAAAAUUAUACAUAUAACACAUGAAGAAAGUCUUAUCAAGCCAGAAGAUAUAGUAGAAAUUGAAUCUUUUAAAACAGACGAUUGUUUAGAUGUGGAACAUGUAAAAUAUAUCGUUGAUAAAGUUGAAAAAUCACAAGAAACAAACAAAAAGAAAGAAUCAUUUAAACCAUAUAAAACAACUAAAAGUAAUGUACAUGAUCCUACAAAAGAGAAACAAAGGAAACUACCUAAAAACUGGGAGGUCACAGCAGCUACACCACCUCUUAUAAUUCAUGGAGCAACAAAAGUCUUAAGCCUUAAUGAAUCUUUAAUAUUACAGAAGGAACAAACCAAAAAUUUACAGGAAAUUCAAGCAAAACAUGCAAUAGAACGUCUAACCAAUCAAAUAGGAAUGCACAGUAUUGGUCUUAUACCACAAAAUAUCGAAAAUAAUCAAUUACGACAAACGAAUAAUUUACUUUCUUCCUCUUCAUCUUCAGAGGAUGAAGAAGAACAUGAAGUACUAGAUGAGGAAGAUAAUGACAGAAGUGGAACAGUUGUAUUCACCGUAGAUUCUAUAGAGAAUUAAAAAAAUUAUACAUAUUUUGUACAUA